AUACCUUCGCUUUAAUCCUCAAAAAUUCUCACAAGAUAGCACGAACGCAUCAGAGAGGGAAAGGGAGAGAGAGAGAGAGAGAGAAAGAGAGAGAGAGAGGACGAGAAGGGGAAAGGAUCGGAACUCUUGGAUCGAUUUGGGGGAGGAAUUAGAGGAAUUUGAUAACUGAUGUGCAUUCAUCUAGUAUGGACUUACAUCAGCUGCUUAAGUAUGGGUUGACUGCUAGCGAUCAUUCCUGCGAAUUUCCUGCUCCCAGAACGCCAGCAUACUCUGAUUGGUCAGCGAACUCGAUUAAAUUUAAUCUAGGAAACUCCCCCCACUCCCCUCUUUUGACUCAGUUAGAUUCUGACAAUUUAUCUGUUUAUAGCAGCAGUAUUAGUAAACAGCGAAGCCCCAUAGAAUCCUUGUCCGGAAAUAUUCAUUCCCAACACUCCCCUUUAGAACCCGGCAGCUCACUCAGACAGUUUCAGAUCAAAUUUUCAGAGUUUACAGAACCUAAUUCACAAAAUACAAUCACCAGCCAGAACAUGAGGCAUGCACUACAAGAGCUUGAGACGGUUCUGAUGGCCCCUGACACCGACGAAGGAGCGACCAGCACGAAUCCCAAUACCGACGAGCAUAAACCAGCCAAGGUUGCGAGGCAACUUUCCAGAACUUGGAGUCACGAAUCAAGACGCGAGCCUAUUAUCAUGGUUCAACCACAAUUUACGUCAAACAGAUAUCCUGUACAAAGCUUUGAAGUGCGACCUGAGAAACGGCCAAGAGAGAUGAAAGAAGACCCACAAAACAAGGUUAAGCAACUUCUGAUUAAGUGUGCGGAAGCUCUUUCAGAGAACAAGAUCGAGGAGUUCGAUGCGCUUGUGCAAGAAGCCCAUGGUAUGGUUUCCAUAAGUGGAGAGCCUAUUCAGCGUCUCGGUGCGUACCUUAUCGAAGGCCUGGUGGCGCGGAAAGAAUCUUCUGGAACCAACAUCUACCGUGCCCUAAAAUGCCGGGAACCCGAAAGCACAGAGCUUCUUUCAUACAUGAGAACGCUGUAUGACAUUUGCCCGUACUUCAAGUUUGGAUACAUGGCUGCCAACGGCGCGAUUGCCGAAGCAUUAAGAAGCGAAGAUAGGAUUCACAUUAUAGACUUCCAAAUUGCUCAGGGGACCCAAUGGAUAACCCUAAUACAGGCCUUGGCUGCUAGGCCUGGGGGCCCGCCGCAUGUGCGGAUAACAGGAAUCGACGAUCCCCUGUCAGAGUACGCCAGAGGGGAUGGCUUGCAACUAGUAGGGAAGAUGCUAUCCGACAUGUCGAAGAAGUUCAAUAUACCGCUCGAGUUCACAGGUCUGCCCGUCUACUGUCCACAGGUGACCCGUGAAAUGCUUGAUAUUAGACCGGGAGAAGCACUUGCAGUGAAUUUCACUCUUCAUCUACACCACACGCCGGAUGAGAGUGUUGAUGUGAGUAACCCGCGGGAUGGGUUGCUAAGAAUGGUGAAAGGGCUUUCGCCCAAAGUGACCACUUUGGUUGAGCAGGAGUCAAACACGAAUACAACACCAUUUCUAACGAGGUUUCUGGAGACGUUGGAUUACUACUACGCGAUGUUCGAAUCGAUUGAUGUGACUUUGCCAAGGGAUAGCAAAGAAAGGAUAAGUGUGGAGCAGCAUUGCUUGGCUAAGGAUAUAGUGAAUAUCAUUGCUUGCGAGGGGGACGGAAGGGUCGAACGGCACGAGCUAUUGGGUAAGUGGAGGUCUAGGUUAACAAUGGCUGGGUUUAAGCCCUACCCACUGAGCUCUUAUGUGAACUCAGUGAUUAAGAAGCUUCUAGGGUUUUAUUCUGAUAAAUAUACUUUGGUCGAGAAAGAUGGUGCGAUGUUGCUGGGUUGGAAAAAUAGGAGCUUGAUCUCGGCUUCUGCGUGGCAUUGAUAUUGGUGAGUUUAGCGAAAGCCUUUGUGGGACACUAGUUGAUGAGACAUUGUGAUAUGUCUAAUAUAAUAUGAUCCCUGUGUUCAAUAAUUUCUUUCGUGUAAAUUUGGAAUCUGCAUCCUGUGUAAACAAUGUAGGCUGUAAUAAAUACUUGUGCCGAGUACAGUGUUAUCUACAGUUGGCUUUAGCAUU